GUAUUCUGAAGCCCUCGGCUGUUGCUGAUCCUGUUGCAGCUAACUUAGCUGAAGAGCGGAGACAGUUGGCAGUUUUGUUCGAUCCGACGUGAUCGGCCUGAGCGCUACGAGGGAUUCCACUAUCUCUAUCUACCGCUGCAGGAUUAAUUUAAUUUUGGUUUUGAAAUGCGACUCAGCGGAUUCUAAAUGCCGUCGUCUGGUUUCAGGAAGUUCUUCAUGAAGAGUGAGGCAGCAGGUGUACCUUCUGCCGUGGCUACUACGGUGCUCUUGGUUUUGGUUGGAUUGAUCUUCAUGUGGAGGUCACAAGGGUGUGAAUUUCAAGAGAAGUGUACUUGAAAGGUUACUAGGAAGUGACCACCAGAACUUUGAAGAUCGCGAGUACGGUCACAGUGUUGACCAUGUCUCGAAUUAGGGUUAGAAUUGCUGGCCACGUUUGAAGCGGAUACCUGUAGAAGAGCCAUUUCCAUUACAGUUGGUAGCUCUCUACCGUGCGAAAAUGCAGUUUUCGAUGCCGAAAGGGCCUCUUGUAUGUGGAGUGCGACAACUGUGGCCCAACAUCAAUCAGUUGACGAGUAACACCGAAUGGCGUAGACUAGUGGCGCUGCGAAGUGCUAACCCUAGAUACUCACGGAGAAAGAUUUUCGGAUAUUUUAAUUCAAACAAUUUAUUGGGAAGCAGGAAGCAUACGCGUAGAAUUGGUGAUGAUGUCCGAUUCAGGGAGUGGAGUCUGGGAGCAUUAGAUGGUUCACAAAUAUCCAGGAAUGGUGAUGUGUCUGGUCGGCGCAGGAUUACUGUCCCAGCGAUAGUUGAUGAACUCGAGGAACUGAAGAGCGACCCGGUUGAUGCAAUUCUUGUGCUAGCAGGAGGGCAAUUGCCGGGUGGAGGUGUUCCAGUCUGGGUGGAGAGACGACUUGACAAAGCUCUUCAAUUGCAGAAAUUGAGUGGUCACGAGUGUUGUAUCGUCUGCUUGGGGAAUGGCACGCCUCAUCGACCACCUCUCCUCACCUCCGAGGGUUUUGUGAUUCAUGAAAGUACGUCAUGUGCAGAGUAUCUUAUCAGUAAAGGCGCGCCUGUACGUGUUCUGAUCAAAGAAUGUAGUUCAUAUGACACUAUAGGGAAUGGUUUCUUCGCUCUGACCCAACACGCAAUUCCCCAAAGGUGGAAGAAAAUGGCGAUAGUCACAUCAGCUUUUCACAUGCCGAGGUCCCAAGCUAUUUUUGAGUGGGUUUUUGGGUUGCAAGGAGCAGGAACUUCGCUUCAGGACGGGAAUGAGCCCACAAACGGGUCGUUAGUACCGCCUGCUGGCUCUCGAAGCCAAGGGUUCAUUUUGCAAUACCACAGUGUGUCGGAUGAUGGCAUUGAUAGGUCAAUCAUUGAGGCUCGAAUCGCUAAGGAAAGGAGGGCACUGGAGAGUUUGAAGAUUGUCUCCGCUGGUAUCAACACGCUCAGCGACUUCCAUGUAUGGUUCCACAGCCAGCAUUCUUGCUACAAUGUGCGAGAUCAGGGGUUGUUUGGGAAGCAAACGCUGAAUGAUCCUGCUCUUCGGUCAUAUUAAAAACCAUUACUUGUUAAUUUUUGUUACCUCCAUUGUAAGCGAAUGAGGAGAAAACUAAGCUUCCGCGAGGAAGGACAACUUGGUUACACAGCUGUUCAUGCAUGAUGUUGGGGCUAUCGAUGACAAACUGGACUGAACCUUUGAAAAUCCUCAUUCAAGGCCAUUUUGAUUUCA